GGUGCGCGCAUGCGCGGCGCGGCGCUGCGCAGUCACGGCGCCCGCCGCCAUGGCCGACCCGCGCCUCAGGCAGAUCAAGAUCAAGACCGGCGUCGUGAGGCGGCUGGCAAAAGAAAAAGUUAUGUAUGAAAAAGAAGCAAAACAGCAAGAAGAAAAGAUUGAAAAAAUGAAAGCUGAAGCAUGUGAUGAUUAUGGAAUUAAGAAGCAGAUCGAGAUCUUGCAAGAGUCACGAAUGAUGAUUCCAGACUGCCAGCGCAGACUAGAAGUUGCACAUGCAGAGCUUACUCAACUACUAGAAAACGAAAAAGAAUUGGAAGAAGCUGAAGAGUAUAAAGAAGCACGUUCCAUACUGGAGUCAGUGAAGCUGGAAGCCUAGCUGUUUUCCAGUUCUCUCUUUAUAUGCAUUAGCACGGGGUCUGUUCCACAGUUUCAUUUGACUUAUGGCUCUACUACUAUUGUUGACUUGCUAAAGUUCCGUUUAUGCAAACUGGGCUUUCUCUAACUGCAAGGUGCAUCAAAGAAUGUUCUGAAAUAUUUCUGUGUUCCAUAUUCAGGCAAAAUAGAUACAUUUCCAGUUCACCUCAAUU